AUGGUAUUUUCUACCACUUGGCGUGAGGCCGAGAAGUCAGGCACCAUGGUGACAGGUACACUUUCCAUUUUGGGACACCAUGCUCUUGUUUUAUUUGACUCUGGUUCUUCGCACUCAUUUAUAUCUACUGUAUUUGUGAGACACGCCAUGUUAGACUCAGUACCGUUGCCAUUUGCAUUGUCUAUUUCCACUCCAUCGGGAGAGAUCAUGUUAGCUACAGAAAAGAUAAAAGCAUGUCAGGUAGAAGUAGCCAACCGCGCAUUAGAUGUAACCUUGAUAAUUUUAGUUAUGCGCGAUUUUGAUGUUAUAUUAGGCAUGGAUUGGUUAGCUGCUAACCAUGCCAGCAUAGAUUGCUCUUGUAAUGAGGUUAUCUUUAACCCUCCUACAGGAGCCAGUUUUAAGUUUAAAGGGGUUGGGAUCGUAGUCCUAUGCAAGGUGAUAUCCGCAUUGAAGGCCAGUAGGCUAUUCGACCAAGGAGCCUAG